CUUUUAGCUACGUUUGAAGAUAAUAAGAGCUAGAUUUGGUAGUCCCCUAAGUAAGUUGGUGGGGGGGAGCUAAAAUGGCCAAUUUUUGGCCACGCCUUCUCUAUGCAUUGGCAAUAUGCUUGAUAGCCACUGAAGUGGUGGUGGUGGCGGCCGACGACGAGCCUUCGCCGCCUUAUGUUUACAAGUCACCGCCUCCACCUCCUUAUAUCUAUGAGUCUCCACCUCCUCCGCCGUACAUUUACAAAUCUCCACCGCCUCCUCCUUAUAUGUACAAGUCUCCACCGCCGCCUCCUUACGUCUACAAGUCCCCACCGCCGCCUCCAUAUGUCUACAAGUCCCCACCUCCUCCGCCGUACAUUUACAAAUCUCCACCCCCUCCCCCUUACGUCUACAAGUCCCCGCCGCCGCCUCCAUAUGUCUACAAGUCCCCACCUCCUCCACCCUAUAUGUACAAGUCGCCUCCGCCACCACCUUAUGUAUACAAGUCCCCACCACCACCUCCAUAUGAAUACAAAUCUCCACCACCUCCACCCUAUGUCUACAAGUCUCCACCUCCACCGCCUUACAUGUAUAAAUCGCCACCACCGCCGCCUUAUGUUUACAAGUCUCCACCACCUCCACCCUAUGUCUACAAGUCUCCACCUCCACCGCCUUACAUGUAUAAAUCGCCACCGCCGCCGCCUUAUGUGUACAAGUCUCCACCACCUCCACCCUAUGUCUACAAGUCUCCACCUCCACCGCCUUACAUGUACAAGUCUCCACCACCUCCACCCUAUGUCUACAAGUCUCCACCUCCACCGCCUUACAUGUACAAAUCGCCGCCCCCGCCUCCUUAUGUCUACAAGUCUCCGCCGCCUCCUCCAUACCACUACACCUCUCCUCCACCUCCCCCGGUCUAUUAGACCGACCUGUUUCUAUGCACCUUUGUUCAUGUGCAAUCUGUCUGCUAUGAAUUCAAUAAAGUCCGAAGACGAGCAUUGCUUGGAUAUUUCCAUUACGCCAUAAAUGUGUUUUGUUGAACUUUAGUCUCGCUAUAUUUGUUUACACGUAGAGACACGACUAUGUAACCGAUUUCCUCGUCUCAUUUGUUUUUUUAUCUAUGCAUGGCUUUCCUUGUCUACACAGCUUACUGAAAAAAUCAAUGAAUAAGAAAUGGAAGUUGCGUUAUCAUGUCA